AUGAGAUUUCAAACAACAUCGCUGCUUGUACUGGCAUCACUUCCACAGCAAUCAUAUGGACGCAAGAAUCUGCGAAAAUCCAAGGCCCAAAAGCCGGAGAAGCAACAAGCGAUGGAAACGCUAGAUUUGACAAAACUCGAAACGAUAGAACACAAAGACAAGAACGAUAGAGAUCUACAAGCUCGUAUCAUCGGCGGUGAUCAAUCGGAUAUUGGAGACUUUCCAUACUAUGUAUAUAUGGGUGGAUGUGGUGGCUCGUUGAUUGCUCCAGGUGUUGUCUUGUCUGCGGCUCACUGUGGUAGCUUUAAUGGAGACGAAGUCUUUGUUGGAGCUUAUGAACUGGACAAGACCACUGGAGGAGCUCAAAAGGUUCGAGUCGUCGACGAAGCCUUUCAUCCAGAAUACGACCAAUUCACUUUCCGAAAUGACUUUGCCCUAUUCCGAUUGAAAGACACUGUUACUGUGAAUUCCAAUAUCAAGUUUUCCAUCAAUUCACUCAAUGGGCAACCAACCCCGGGACAAGACUUGACUGCCCUUGGAUUGGGCGCCACACAACAAGGUGGAAAUCUGGAACGAUUUCUUCAAGAUGUUACCGUUCAAGCCCUCUCGAUAGAUGAAUGCAACAAACCGAGUGGGUACGAUGGGGACAUUGAAGGUGAUGUCAUGUUCUGUGCCGGUGUCCCUGAAGGCGGCAAGGAUUCAUGUCAAGGAGACUCGGGUGGUCCACUUGUCAUUCGUAAUGGUAACGAACAUAUCCAAGUUGGCGUUGUGUCAUGGGGCUAUGGAUGCGCGAGACCAAACUUUCCCGGUGUUUAUUCCCGUGUCAGCAGCGCCAAGGAUUGGAUCAGAAGUGUAGUAUGUGAUGAUUGGAAUAUGUCUGCUGAAUUUUGCGAUGGUGGAUUUCAACCCACUGCCAGUCCCACAGACCCACCCACGGAUCCUCCUUUGGCUUGUCCAGGGGAUGAGAUUGCCUUUGAAUUCACACUUCGAACAGAUGAAUGGGCGGAAGAGACUUCCUGGAAUCUCAAGGAUAGCCAGAAUAACCUGGUUCUCAGUGGAGGAGAUUACACUGAUGAUGAAGUCUAUGAAACUAUGGGAUGUAUUCCAAACAGCUGCUACACUCUGGCUAUCCUUGAUUCGUACGGUGAUGGUCUUUCUGAAGGUGGUUCUAAUCCAGGAUACACUCUCAUUGUCGAUAACAAUGUGGAGGAAGAGGCUGGUGGAGUCAAUUUUGGCUUUGAAAAGACACUGACCUUCGGAAAUUGCUUUGCUUCGACUCCACCCCCGACUCCAGCAGUGACACCACCGCCAACAGUUGCAUCGACCCCACCUCCUACCCUGGCAUCCACACCGCCACCGACGAACCAGAGUACUCCACCACCAACGUCCGGAUUUACACCGCCUCCCACGAGCCAAGAAACCUCCACUUCUCCACCCACUCCAACUCCACCACCAAGUGAUUCUCAAAGCCCGUGCGCUGCAGAUGAGAUUGAGUUUGACUGGACAGUCACAACCGACGAAUGGGGUAGUGAAACUUCUUGGAUCCUACGAAACUCGCAAUCGGACGAAAUUCUUCGUGGUGAAAACUACGAUAAUAACAAGGAAUACAAUGCGAAGCAGUGCAUUCCGAAGAAAUGCUACACUGUUACACUUUUUGAUGACUACGGGGAUGGUCUCGCUGCCGGCGGUACGAACCCAGGAUAUCGUUUGGUUGUCGAUGGGUCAGUUGUCGCGGAAGCUGGAGCCGUCAACUUUGGCUAUCAAAGAGCUAUUCAGUUCGGUGAUUGCUCGACAAAUGAAGCUGAAUGCAUCCCAUUCAAGCUGAAACUACAGACUGAUGAUUGGGGAAGUGAAUCUUCCUUUACGCUAUCCAAGGAUGGAGUUGUAGUCUUGGAUGAAUCUGGGUUCGAUAGCAACAAAGACUAUGAAUUCUCUGAUUGUUUCAAACCAAGUCAGUGCAACAAGCUGGAAAUGCGUGACUCCUAUGGUGAUGGAAUCGCUAAUGGAAGAGGAAUUGAAGUCGAAUUGGAUGGAGAUGUCAAAUACAACGAUGGUGACUUUGGUUACGGGGUUGGAUUUGAAUACGGAGACUGCUGA